UUACCCAGUGACGGCUUCCUUGUUAAAAAUUAUUUUCAGCCCAAAAUUCUGCUUGUAGAUUCAGUGACAUGUGUGGAAAGUCGUUCAACCCUAAGACAGACAUACGUCAGGCCAGCUUCAACUUUCUGUGGGCAGUGUUGUUUGAUGGGUACAGCAAAUCAAACACAAGUUUGCCGACAAGAAAGUUCAUGAGGCACCAUGACGUCAUCAUGGAAACGCUCUCGCCAACCAGUCUACUCCAUGCCAUGCCCAGUUUGCUUAAGUUCCCCAACAAAUGGAGCAGGCCCUUGAUGGAAAGUCUUAAAUCACGUGACGAAAUGCUACUGCACGAAUAUGAAAAAAGUAAGAAAAUCCAAGGUGAAACCAUGCAGCAGGGAAGAAAGUCAGCGGUCAGAAGCACUAUGGACAUAUUUGUCCAGCAGAUGAAUGUCGCGUUCCAGCUGUCUGAAGUAGGACAGAUCUUCACCGGGAGGGACUCCUCUGACAUGUUCUCCUACAACCAUGUCACACAGACAAUCUGGGGUCUGUUGUUAGCAGGUGUGGAUACCACCUCUUCUGCCUUAGAGUGGAUCCUGUUACUGCUUGCAGCAUUCCCUGCAUCUGCUGAUACACUCAGAAAUGAGAUCUCUGAGGUUCUAGGGAAGAGAAAGCCAUCCCUGACAGACAAGAGUUAUCUUCCUUACACAGUGGCCUGGCUACAAGAAUGUCUCAGGCUCAGCAGUGUGGUGGGGUUAUGCCCUCCUCAUGUCAGUGACAAGGAUUUUACCCUGGGAGGUUACACCAUACCACAAGGCACCCCGAUCAUCAUAAAUAUCUGGGCGAUCCACAAUAACUCAGACGCGUGGCAAGACCCAGAGAAUUUCAGGCCAGCCAGAUUUCUGGACGACCGGGGUUGCAUUCGACCCACCUGGCACAUGCCUGAUUACCUGCCAUAUUCUCGUGGUACCAGGCCUUGCGUUGGUGCUGUCCUGUCACGCUCAUUUUUGUUCAUGUUUCUGGUUAGGUUUGUACAAAAGUUCAACAUCACCCUUAUGUCCACCUUGGAUCUGGAGAGUGUCACAAGAUUCGGACAAGUUCCCAAACCCUACACCGUUGUUAUAACCAAGUCAUAACACCCUACACCACUGUUAUACCGAGUCAUAACACCCUACACCACUAUUAUACCAAGUCAUAACACCCUACGCCUGAAGUUGGGAGACCCUGAGUACACCAAGGUAGGGUCAUACCAAAGACUUGAAAAAUGGUACUUGCUGCUGCCUCGCUUCAUACUCAGCUCGGA